AUGGCCAGUCUGAACGUGUCCCUCUCCUUCUUCUUCGCCACCUUCGUCCUCUGCCAGGCGGCCAGGAGGGCGUGCAAGGCCCUGCUCCCGGCGGGCGCCUACGCCAGCUUCGCCCGGGAGGCGGUGGGCGCGGCCCAGCUGGGGGCCUGCUGUCUGGAGAUGCGGAUGUUGGCGGAGCUCGGCCCCUGGGCGGGGGGCUUCGGCCCCGACCUGCUGCUCACCCUGCUCACCCUGCUCUUCCUGGUUCACGGGGCGACCUGCGACGGCGCUGCGGCCAACCCCACCGUGUCCCUGCAGGACUUCCUCCUGGCCGAGGCCUCCGUGCCCCGCACGCUGCUGAAGCUGGCGGCCCAGGGGCUCGGUGUGCGGGCGGCCUGUGCCCUGACCCGGCUGUACUGGGCCUGGGAGCUCUGUGACCUGCACGUCCUCCAGAACCUCCUGGACCCGCACUGCAGCUCCCCCCUGCGCACGCCCGUGUCCCACGGCGCGCUCGUGGAAGGCGCCGGCGCCUUCCUCUUGCACCUGACCCUCCUCCGCCUCCGGAACAGCCUGCCCGCCUACCGGGUGCCGGCCGUGGCCCUGCUGGCCACCGUCAUGACCCACACAGCUGGGCCCUUCACGUCCGCCUUCUUCAACCCGGCCCUGGCCACCUGGGCCACGUUCCACUGCUCGGGCCACACCCUGCUGGAGUACAUGCAGGUGUACUGGCUGGGUCCUCUGACAGGGAUGGUCCUGGCCGUCCUGCUGUAUCAUGGCCGCCUUCCUCGCCUGUUCCAGAGGAACCUGUUGUACAGCCAGAAGAACAAGUACCGAACUCCUAGAGGGAAGCCGGCCCCGGGGCCUAGAGACACCCAGACGCCUGCAGAGGGGUGCAGAAGCCGGGAGCCUGGGCGGGGUGGGGCGGGGCAGCCGCUGCCGGGCCCCCGCUGA